GCCCGCCCCGUGCCGCCGGAAGGAGGGCGGCUCCGCAGCGUGUGCGCCCCUCGCCAUGGCGGCGCCGUCGCGGUUCCUGAUACGCGGUGGGCGCGUGGUCAACGACGACUCCUCGCAGGUGGCCGACGUGCUGGUGGAGGACGGCGUGGUGCGGGCGCUGGGGCGCGACCUGCUGCCGCCCGGGGACGCGCCGGCCGGGCUGCGGGUCCUAGACGCCGCCGGCAAGCUGGUCUUGCCCGGCGGCAUCGACACGCACACGCAGUUCCCCUUCAUGGGCUCGCGGUCCGUGGACGACUUCUACCAGCGCACCAAGGUGGCCCUCCUCGGUGGCAUCAGCCCGGCUUUGGCCAAGCCGGGCGCCCCCUACUCACUUUGGGUAUUUGUCUAAGUGCAUUGCUGAUGGCAGGGCAUUCCAUUGACACCCCCGUUUGCCAAGUGGGGACCUGCUGCUAUGGCUGACCAUCAGUCACCAGAUCCACUAGCGUUUAUUCCCCCUCAUUAUUUCCCUUUCUCUGAUCAGGGUUCCAGAUGAAGCAGCCAAGAAGAGGGGUUAGAAUGUUGCCAGGGCAGGACAUUCCUUCUCAUUCUCAAGUUUAUCUGUGCAUGCCCCAAGACCCUGGGAGGUGGUUCUUAGUUUUCUAUCUGUUCUUGGCCAUUCUGGGAUUCCAGUGUGGAGAGAUUUACGGUUCCAUACUUAGAAGGCAGGUUUUUGUAGCAUAUAUAUAUAUAGUCUGUUCUCACCAUUUGACAGAACUUACUCACCAGUUGAUUCUGUAGGCGUUUCUGUACUUAAAGGUUGUCAAAACAUUAAUAAGACCCAGGACUUCAGAUGUAAAAGGUUUUAUGGAUAAUCCUCCUCCUCUUGAAAUAUUUAUAAUAAUCCAGGACAUACCUUCUGGUCAAUCAUAUCAUCUAGAUAAAUACUAUUUUUAGUUUUUAUUACUUAUUCAGUACCUAUGGAGUAUUACAUAAUGCAGUGUAGUCCAAUUUAUAUAUGAAAUACAAAUUUAAAUAACAGAAUUUGGUGUAUAGUGCACCUUUAUUUCUUUUAAACAUAGACAUAUUUUAAGAGGUGAACUUUAUCAACUUUACAUGGACAUAUCUUUUUGGAAGUGGAGUAUUAAGUUUGAAUAGAAUAAAGGUUUACAAAUGGAU